GGGAUCGGCUCCGCUCGGAGACGUUCGGCUGGUGGACGUUGGGCUCCGUGAGCCUUCGGGCAUCUCCGGCUCCCCGUUCGCUCCCGAUCGGCGGCGCUCGGCUCUCUUCGGGCCCAAGCGCUCUCGGGAAUCUCCGGCGGCGGGGGCCCCCCGGGCCGAAGCGCCCAGUCGGCUGGGUUCGGGCCCGGAAAUAGGCGCCUUCCCGCUCUGCUCCCACGGUGGCCAUCGACGUUUCGAAGUCAGGUGGAGGCGGCCCCGGGAGCCGGAACCCCAACCUUCCCGGGAAGCUCCCGGGGGCUCCUCGGGGGCAGGAGGAGAAGAUGUCCCUAGAGCCAUCAUCCUCCUCCACGCCUCUCCUCUUCUCUUCCCCCGUCCUGGCGGGAACUUCCGACCCUCCUCCCGCCUCGAGCUCCCCGCCUCCCGUGUCUUACAUCACUUCCCAAGAGAUGAAGUGCGUCCUUCACUGGUUUGCCAGCUGGUCCGGUCCCCAGCGCGAGCGCUUCCUGCAGGACCUGGUGACCAAAGCGGUGCCGGGCAAGCUGCAGCCCCUGCUGGACGGCCUGGAGCAGCUCAGCGUGUCCGGACCCGACCGGCCGCCGCGCAUCUUCGAGUGCCAGCUGCGCCUCUGGGACCAGUGGUUCCACAGCUGGGAGGAGCAGGAGCGUAACGCGUUUGUGGGCCAGCUGGAGGCCAGCGAGCCGGACUUCGUGGCCCGGUUCUACCAGGCGGUGGCCGCGACCUCUGGAAAAGACUGAUGGGACGUGGAGGGGGCAGGGGCGAGGUCCGACAUCGGUCUUGGAGCCAGGGAAGGGAUUUCUGUCUCGCGGGGUGGUCCGGGAGCCACACUCAGACCAGCAAGCCAGACAGACUGACAGGCCCAAACUGGAGGUUUCACAGCUCACUGACAGAGCACCCGAGCACCUGGGUCCCCCGGGUUUGGAGUCGGACAGGUCACCCUGAGCCUGCUCCUUAUGGAAAAGCUCCACGGCUCCUCUGGCUGAUGCCACCCUCCAGGACGUUGGGGCGGGAGGCGUCUACGUGUGACUUCCUGUGGAGUCCAGGGGCCAGGAUCAAGUCCUCCCUGUGGCCGGCUCCCCAGGGGAGGAACCAGUUGUGGUGGCCGGGGCUCUCUUUCCCGAAAGAGAUUAGGAAGGGCUGGACCGAUGACAUUCUCCUCCCCAGAAUUCUGGCGUGACUCAGCUUCCCCCAGCUGUGGGCCAGCCUGGUGUGGAGCAUCAGCGAUUGGGGGAGGGAGAGAGGAGGAAAAGCAGGACCACAUCGGGCUACGCUCAGUACAGACAGGCGUUCGGUUUGUCCGGGAAGCCAAAGAGCAGGGACUUUGAGUAAAGGAUGCCCAGACCUAA